CACUUUCCUGGAACAGAAGACGAAAUAAUUGACGGCGCAUACUGCGAGGGCCGGCCGUCUGCGCCAUCCUUGCGGUCAUAGGAACGCCUUUAAUUUUUCGUAGUAGGAAGUGGAGUACGCCUCGAAGCACCCUGUGUACUGCACCGAACAAGCGAGUCGUAAAAUAGCUGCUUGGAAGUUAGGCCGGCUAAUCAGCUCGAAUCAGUGGUCCUCUGGGACAUUAUGCAAAUUUUGUUUCUUACUGCACUACGGCGUUUACGCGCGCGAAAGCGGGGAUUUCGGUUUCGGCAUUCCGGCCGGCAAGCAAAACUGACCUGGCUUCGUUAGCGGAUACGUCACGAUGGCGUAACGCAAGCCGCUAAACAACGGGAAGGGUGCGAGUAUAUAAGCAAGCGCCAUGACCACGCCAGAGCACAGUUCUCCGGGACCAGCGGAUAACACAUGCUUCUCACCAUGAACUCUCUGGCUAUCUUCGUCGUAGGCUCCUCUCUGGUGGUGUGCGCCGUGGCCGGCGGUCUGGGAGGUGGAUACGGAGGAGGCUAUGGACUGGGCUACGGAGGCGGCUUGGGCUACGGCGGAGGUCUUGGAGCCGGAGGAGUUGGCGUGGGAAGCAGCGUGACUUUGCUGAGAGGAGGUCCAGGAUUCUCCAAGGCCGUGGCCGGACCGGCAUUCCUUGUCAGGACGGUGCACCACGUGAACAAGGUGCACGGCGGAGGUGCCAUCGUGGCUCACAGUGGUCUCGGAGGCGUCGGCGGAGGGCUCGGCUUCGGCGGCGGAUACGGCGGUGGAUACGGCGGCGGCCUCGGAUAUGGAGGCGGACUCGGAUACGGCGGUGGUCUUAAGUACUACGGUGGAUACGGCCUCAAGGGCUAGGUUAGGUCUGUGUGUGGUUUUUUGUGCGCCCUGUAGCUAGAAUCCUUUACGGCGCCACUGAUGGGGACAGACAGCUAUUGGCAGUGACUUUGACGAGUAUUGCUAGUUUGCAUAAUUGUGCUCUCCCAGAGGAGCAACGAGAAAGAAAGUGGGCGAAGUACAGUCAACACUUUCAUGCUGUCGGCUUCUUGGUCUGCUUCUUGGCCAAUCCCUGGUAGCGUCAGGCGUCAUUGCUUUGCCAAAAGACGAAGAUGGUGACCAUGCAUUCAGGAAGCGAGUGUCCCAGCAGCUAUGUACACCUGGUAGAAGUCACUAAACUCAACACUGACGUAGCUGCCGCAAGUGACAACAGAAGAUUGUUGAAUGAUCGACUCAGAAUUCUGGCAAUGCGGCGCAGUAGUAAUUAUUGCGCAGUGUUCGAAGUCUGCCAUCAGAAAUGCUCGUAGGUAUUGGGUGACUAAUUAUGAAUAAAGAGAUUGUUGAUAACUA